AUGAACGAUCUUGAGCAACAAGGUCGUGGCGAUUUUCUUAAUGAUAUGGUUCAAAAGCGCAAACAACCAAGUGGUCUGAACGAUUUGGAGACCAUUGUCAACGCGGACAUCCUCAUAGGUGCUGGUGCUGAGACAUCUGCUAUCAGAAUGACUAGGACCUUGUUUUGGCUUCUCAGAAGUCCAAAAGUCAUAGCAAAAGCUCAAGAAGAGGUCAGAUCAAAGUUCUCUAGCCAAUAUAAGGUCAACUUCGUCACAUCGACGUCCGAAUUACCUUUCAUGGUAUCCCCUUUCACAGAAGCGAUGUGGCGCCACCCACCCUUGCCGAUCACACUCCCAAGAAAGACUCCCGAGAACCAACGAACCAUAAUACGUGACAAUGAAUUGCCACCCAACAUGAGAACCUACUACGCUCGUUCCGUUCACACGUAUACUGACUCGUGA